AAUCUCUCUGGUCCUGUCUCUUUACAAAACUACAACUCUCGGAGUCUCGUCUCGUUCAAUAAAAGACACACAAACACGGCAUUUUCUUUCUUAAAUGGCUCUCUCUCAUGAAAACUGUUCAGAUAAGGCCAUGGAAGAUAUCACUUAGUUAAAAAGAAACAUUACAAUUACUGAAGCAGAGAUACUCUGAAACUCAAGUUCUUCUCCAGAAAAGAAAAAUGAGCCAGUGUGUUCCUAAUUGGGAUCUCGAUGACAAUCCACCACCGCCACCCAAGAUUGCUCUCCGUUCUCAAUCCAACUCCUCUGCUCCUGAUAUUCCCAUGUAUGUGUUGGACUAUGAAGUGGCGGAGCUGACGUGGGAGAAUGGUCAAAUAGCUAUGCACGGCUUAGGGCCGCCGCGCGUGCCGUCUAAGUCGAUUGUCUCUUCAUCUCCGUCGACCAAGUCCACGUGGGACAAGCCACGUGCGAAUGGGACCCUCGAGUCCAUAGUCAAUCAGGCCACUCAAUUCCCCAAAACCAAACCCUAUUCUGACGGCGGCGAAGACCUGGUGCCAUGGUUUAACCACCACAAAGCCGCCGCCUCUGGCAACGCCACGUUGUCUAUGGACGCUUUAGUCCCAUGCUCAAAUAGGACAAACGAUUCCGUGCCGCCGGCGGGAAUAGGGACCUGCUCCGCCCGCGUCGGGUCUUGUAGUGGCCCACUAACCGCUGCCACGUCGUCAAAGAACGAGCAUGGGAAACGGGCUCGGGCUGCGCGUGUUCCAGUGGCGGCCGAGUGGAGCGGCAGAGACCAAAGCAUUAGCGGGAGUGCAACGUUCACGCUUGACACUUGCGAUAGGGAGUUAGGCGUGGGUUUCACUUCCACUUCUUUGGGGUCGCAAGAGAAUACCAGCUCCGGCGUGCCCUGUACCAAAGAAGUCACCACUACCGUCGACUCUGCUUGUCAGAGUAAACCACAUGCCGAGACAGGAGAUCAAGGGGACAAGAAGAAAGUGAGUGGGAAAUCCUCUGUUUCUACGAAAAGAUGCAGAGCUGCUGCUAUUCAUAAUCAAUCUGAAAGAAAAAGGAGAGAUAAGAUAAACCAAAGGAUGAAGACACUGCAGAAGCUGGUCCCAAAUUCCAGUAAGACGGACAAAGCUUCUAUGCUGGAUGAAGUGAUCGAAUACCUUAAACAAAUGCAAGCACAAGUUCAGAUGAUGAGUAGAAUGAACUUGCAGCCGAUGAUGUUGCCUAUGGCAAUGCAACAACAACUCCAGAUGUCGAUGAUGGCACCGAUGAGUAUGGGAAUGAGAAUGGGUAUGGGAAUGGGAAUGGGUGUCAUGGAUAUGAACUCCAUCGGCCACCCUAACAUGGCCGGAAUGACCCCAAUGCUCCAUCCUAGCGCAUUCAUGCCUGUGCCGUCCUGGGAUGGUUUGGGAGAUCGGUUACAAGCUGCUGCUCCGGCUGCUCCACCAGCACAAGUUAUGCAAGACGCUUUGGCCUCAUUUCUUGCUUGCCAAUCGCAGCCUAUGACCAUGGACGCAUAUAGCAAGAUGGCGGCUAUGUACCAGCAGCUACAUCAACAACCUUAUAGUAAUAAUAAUGGCUCAAAGAACUAGUAGUAAGGUCAUGGACAAACAUUUGAGCUCGUGUCUGAACUGUUGGGUCCAUGGAAAAGAGGAGAGUGCAAUUUAUAUAUGGUUAUCAUGCAAGUGUGUGUAAUUGAAAAAUAAAGUUCCCUUCUCUCUCGAAGAACACCUUUCUCUGUAUUUUUCCUUGAUAAUAUAUCGUGUUCCUCAAGUUCUGAGGUGUUUUGGUUGUUGGGUAAAGCUUAUCGAUAGUCCAUCAACGUUCAGUACAAGAGGAGCUAGAGAAACUCACCAGAACUAGAUCUGGCUAGUCCCAUCGACGAAUCCAGCGAAGGAGCUACGUAUUUUGCUUUUCAAAAACACCCGAUAUUACAUAUCGAUACUUGAUUUUGAUUUACUUGAGAGAAUGAUGAAUCAAUCACUUGGAUG